ACUGGAAAAUAAAAAGUGAAGGCAGGGUGUUUUCUAACAGUGUGAUUCAGCUAGGCUCUGUGUCUCCUGGAAUUCUUUCUUAUUUUUGUCAGAAGAGAGCCAGAGGGUCUCCUCUUCCCACAUCUAGGAAGCUUUAUUUUUGUUUUGGUUAUGUAUUUCUUUAGUCUCUGUGCCAAAACUUUUCUCUCUUUUGCUAUUUCUUUGUCUAGACAUUUUGACAAUUUGUUGACUUGUAGUUUAAUGACUGACUGCUAUUAACGAACUACUAGUAAUUCGUUUCUAUGGUGUCGUAAUUCAUUGCUAGGUUAGUUUUUCAAAGGUGUUUUUCUGCAUAAGUCGCUAUUUCUUGUGACAUCUUAAAGAGCUGAGUUAGAAAUGAAGAAGAGAGAGGUAGGAACUUAAAGAGUAAUAUUUGCUUUCGGCUUGCUUACAUGGCAUCUGGGGAGGCUUUUGCAGAAUAUGUUUUAGUUUCCUUCUAUUUUGUGUUAUCUGGGAUAACGACGGGGUUCUACCUGUUGGGAGCACCUGAAUGAUCUGUCAUCUGAACUGGUGUCUGUUAUGUUGGGAUCUGGACAGGUCAACACAUGCUCAUUCCUUUCUAGAGCAUCUCAUUUAAAAUACCUUCCCUGUCUGUUGGAUUGAGGCCAAUGGAUGGGAACUGUUGGGUUGGCCACCUCUCUAUAUGGAUUCCCAUAGUCAGAUCCGGCACUGUGUGUGCCUCAUUCUGGUACAGGGGACAGGUCUAUGUACUGUCGAGAAAUGAUGCACUCAGUGACAUGGGCUCAGUGGCCAUCUGAGCUCCAGGAAGAGCAAAGUAAAUGGUGAGUUUUGAAUUCUUAUAAAACGCAGAGAGAAGUCCAAAAGAGAAGAGAAUGGAGAAAACCAGUGACAAGGAAGGUGGUUCUGAAAGGCUUUCUCUAUGUUGAUGACUGACAAGCAUAUUGCUCCCUGGCUUUCGACAACUUGGCAGACUUGAUCUACAUUUUGGAUUUUGAAGGCCCAGAAAAAGGCAAGAAGCGAAACCCUGGCCUUAAAAUCCCAAAAGAAGCAUUUGAACAACCUCAGACCAGUUCCACGCCACCUCGAGACUUAGACUCCAAAGCUUGCAUUUCUAUUGGAAAUCAGAACUUUGAGGUGAAGGCGGAUGACCUGGAGCCCAUAGUGGAACUGGGACGAGGUGCGUACGGGGUGGUGGAGAAGAUGCGACACGUGCCCAGCGGGCAGAUCAUGGCGGUGAAGCGGAUCCGGGCCACAGUAAACAGCCAGGAGCAGAAAAGGCUACUGAUGGAUCUGGAUAUUUCCAUGAGGACCGUGGACUGUCCUUUUACGGUCACCUUCUACGGCGCACUCUUCCGUGAGGGUGAUGUCUGGAUCUGCAUGGAGCUCAUGGAUACGUCCCUAGAUAAAUUCUACAAACAAGUGAUUGAUAAAGGCCAGACGAUUCCAGAGGACAUCUUAGGAAAAAUAGCAGUUUCUAUUGUAAAAGCGUUAGAACAUUUACACAGUAAGCUCUCUGUCAUUCAUCGAGACGUCAAGCCUUCCAACGUCCUGAUCAACACUCUGGGCCAAGUGAAGAUGUGCGACUUCGGAAUCAGCGGCUACCUUGUCGACUCCGUCGCCAAAACUAUUGAUGCAGGAUGCAAACCGUACAUGGCGCCCGAGAGAAUAAACCCAGAGCUCAACCAGAAGGGAUACAGUGUGAAGUCCGACAUUUGGAGUCUGGGCAUCACCAUGAUCGAGUUGGCCAUCCUUCGGUUUCCCUACGACUCGUGGGGAACUCCUUUUCAGCAGCUCAAACAGGUGGUGGAGGAGCCAUCGCCACAGCUCCCCGCAGACAAGUUCUCCGAAGAGUUUGUUGACUUUACCUCACAGUGCUUGAAGAAGAAUUCCAAAGAAAGGCCAACAUAUCCAGAGCUUAUGCAACAUCCGUUUUUCACCCUACAUGAAUCCAAAGCAACAGACGUGGCAUCUUUUGUAAAAUCAAUUCUCGGAGACUAAAAACAAUGGACUCAAUCGGUUGACCCUCCUGUGAAUUGGUGGGUUUACAGGGUGAAGCAAGUUCACUGAAGCGCCAAUAGAAACUCAUCUUUGAGAUAAUUCAACCCUGCCUCUCAGAAGGUUUUUUUUCUCCCCAUUUUCUCUUUUUUUUUCCCCUCCAAAGGGGGCCUUGGAAUCUAUAGUAUAGAAUGAACUAUCUAGAUGAAUGAAAUAUGAUAAAGGCUUAGGACUUGAAAUGGUGAUUAAAUAUUUAAUGAUGUGUCAUAUGAGUCCUUAAGCUUUUCAGACUUCUCUUGCUCUUUACAAAAUGAAUGCAUUGGCCCUGGUAAAAAGGUGCUACCAUAGUGAUGAAUUGUAAGUAGAUUUGUAGUUUGUCCCACUUAUUAUUUUAAUAUUUAUGUUUUAGUGCUUCGUUGAAAAGAUUCCAUUUUAUGCAAGGAGGGAGAGACUAAAGAUGAGGUUGGGUUGGCAGUAUUUAUAGGGUUUUUAUUUUUUAAGUUCAAUCGUGUCUGUGGUCCAGAAGAAAUUAUUUAAUAUGCAUCUUUAAGAGUAUUAUAAAAGUAUCAACCAGGAGCUCUUGUGAAAUAUAUGUUCCAGUUGUUGCGGCUGCUUCCAUGUUCCUAAAUUUCUGCUCCAUCCUGGGUAAUAACCACAUAUUCUGGUGAAGUGGCAAGGUAUCCUCGUCCUACUCUUUUCCCAGCUUUGGAAAAUGUACAAUCACUUCUAUCACAGCUCAGAGUCAUAGACUUGGUUCUCUUGACAUUUGUGGCAUAGGACUUAGGGAAUGUGAUUUGUGAUGUGAUUUUUAUAUUGCCAUUCUAUCCUUCUAUGUGUGUGUGUGUGUGUAUUUGAUAAGUCACAAAUUCUACUCAAUAGCUAUUAUUAAUAACAUCUAUAUUUAAUAAGGAGGACAUUUGUCAGUCCUGAAACGAAAUAUGUCAAACUACACAGAGAAUCAGUGCCUUCCUCUGCUUUUGACCCCUAUGAGCCCCCAAGGAUUGCCUCUGUGGUUAACGUUUUCUUGCUUUGUUUUGGUUUUUGUUUUCUGUUCAAUGAAGAAGCCUUACUAAAAAUGGAAGGGCUGCAGUAGAAGAAAUUAAAGGUGGUUAGUAGUUCUUGCAUCAGGUGAGAUGGUAAUAGGAAGGGUUGAAUGAAUUCCCAGGAAUAGACUGCCACAUUUCCCCAGGCUGAGUUCCAGGUACAUUUCUUCAGUAGUGAAUGGCUCCUAGCAGGUUGACAAGGCAACAGAAGCUCUUUCUCAUGGCGAGGUGCACCCUUGGGUUCUCUGACUUGGGGCUCUAGGUUCCUCGAAAGGUCAAGGAGUGAAGUGGUCCACAGGGAGAAUACAACUGCUAACAGCCAGGAAGCACUGCUUUUGAAUAUUGUGUUAAUACAGGGCUAUUUUUGCAGGACAAGGGCAGAGGAUUUUUUAUUUAAAAAGAAAGAAAGAGCACGCUCUGUUUCUCUCUUUGCCUUAAGUUCACAAAUAUGGAUUGAGGAUUGUUCCCUUGAGCAAUCCCUCUUUUUUCCCUUUUAGAUUUCAAAGUGCAAUCCUAUCUUUUCCUCUGCACUUUCUUCUUGUUCUUAUGCCCAUCUCAUCGCAGCUGCCCAGACUAUGGCUCAUCUAUACACUUCAUCUUCAGCUCCAAGACAUAUCUAUUUGAUAAACAUCAAAUUCAUCUGCUUUGAUACUACCUCUGUCUUCGUCUUUUUCCAGCCAGAAAAAGCAUGGUCCCAGUGAUGACGGCCAAUCACUUUCCUACCCUUCUUUCUAAAUCUGGAAGUGUCUCCCUUUGAUACCAAGAGAGAGAAAAAAAAUCAAAACCACAUGCAUCCACCUUCUGAAAAAAAGACAGUAGCAGAAAAAAAAAAAAAUCUGAGGCCAUUUCAUUACAGCAUUGGGUGAAAUAGGUAAAGCUAAACAUCUUUCUGGUCUGGGUCCAAUUACUCUCACCUCUUGUUCAGUGUGGCUUCUGUUUUGAAAUAUUCUUAACCAAGCGUGUUUCUCGUGUGUUCACCUCUCCAAUCUGUGAGCUCAGGGCCUGAACUUGCAAAAUGAUCAUACUGGGGUAGAGGAGUUAGUCAGUGUUUCUCCACCCUGGGGCACACGUAUCCCUGGGAGCUUGGGAGCAAGGUGAAUGCCAGGGUCCCAGAGACUCUAGUUUAAUAGGUCAGGGUAGGACCUGGGAAGUGGUAUUUUUUACCAGCUACUCAGGUGACUCUGAUGUGCAACAGGGUUGAGAACACUGGUUUACUACCCUCUCAAGAGAGGGGUGGAAUUCUGAUUGGAGAUCUGAGGUAUCUUUUCCCUGCAGAAGCGACAUGCUGCAUGGUGAUGAGGGUAUCCUACGUACUCAAGGAGAAUGCCCCGAUAGCCUUACAAACCUACACUUUAGAGUUUUUUUUUUUAAGAACUGUGUUAUAAGUUCUCAACAACUAAUUUAAAAUAAACAUAGAGAUGCAUAAACUGUAUUUAAGUGGAUACAAGUUGGGAUUUGCCUGUGUGUGUGUGUGUGUGUGUGUGUAGAGAGAGAGAGAGAGCAAGAAAGAGACAGAAGAUAUUCCCAUCAGGGAUGAUGCUCCAAGUAUUUAAUGUGUGACCAGCAUGGAACACUGAAUAUUGGCCCUACUGUCAGUGCAUUAGAAAAUUAACAUAUCUCUAUAAAAGAGAUGAUGCUCUUUUUUUCUCUCAAAUGUAUUUGAUUUAGUCUGAUAUAAUCAUCCAUAGUAUAUGUUAUCAUCAUGUUUAUAAAGAUAUCUAUCUCUCUUUAGAUUGUUGAUUUCAGAGGUGUGCCAAAAAAGUCAUGUGAGUGACUGUUCAGACAGCUGCCACAUAUGUGUACCCAUCAGUGAGUACUGCCCUUCAGAGUAACUACCUUCAGGAUUAUUUGUAUGAAUAAUGCUACUUCUCUUUCAGAAAAGGCUUCAGAAUCCAUUUCCUCCCCAUACAUAUAACACGUAGAAUCCACAUUUCAUAAUUACUCCUUGGUGGUUUUUUUUUUUUUUUUUUUUACAAAAAAUCCUUACCAAGUACUUUCCCCUUUGUUUUACCUACCUUAUUUAUCAGACUUAGCACCAAAUUGUAUGUGACAAUUUCUAGAAGUCAAUUUGCCCUCAGAGCUGAAGUUUUACUGUUAAAACUUUUUCAUGUUUUUUAUAAAGACCAUGCCAUGGGCAUACAAAUUCAUUGGAGCUGGUGGUCAGAUCUAAUAAAAUGAAUUAAACCUCUAUUGUGCUGGGGAUUUUGCCUUCCUAAUGUCUAUAUAUGACUUGAAGGGAGAUUUCGUAGCUUAAAGGAAUCUUCCAUUUUUAUUGAAUUAGCAAGUAGGAGGAGUAGUUAUCAAUUGGACCCAUGACAAUUUACAUAUUCAGAUGGAAAAAUGCCAGAGUGGUAAAAUCUAGGAAGUUCCCAACCUGAUAGAAUAGGAAAAAAAGAUAUUUUACGCUAGAAGGGCCACGUUCUUUUUUUUGUUUAGGGUGUGUGUGUGUGUGUGUGUGUGUGUGUGGCACUGUUAAACAUAUUAAAGACACUCUUUGGUUUUAUUUGGCUUUAACUGGGGAUACUCUGGAUUGCUUUGAAACUCUGCUGAAAGCUAGGAUCUUUUCCCUAGGAAAAUGUACAUUGUACAUGGAACACAUAGUUUGCAAACUUUUUCGUUGUGUGGGAGGAAAGUGGAGUAUCAUCCCCUGGGAUAAAUAACCUCUGCUCUGUAGAAUGUGGACUGUGACACCCCAAAUCAGGGAUUGGCAGAAUUUUUCUACAAAGGGCCAGAUAGUAAAUAUUUCUGGAUUUGUGUGCUGUGCAGUCUCCACUGCAACAACUAAAGUCUACAACUGUAGAGUGAGAGCAUCCAUAAACAAUACAUAAAUGGAUGAGCAUGGUGCUAUGUUCCAAGAAAACUUUACUUAUAAAAUCUGCAAUGGGUCAGAUUUGACCCAUGGGCCAUGGCUUGCCAAUACCUGUUCUAGAUCAUCAACUACAAAACUGCAAUUGAUUGAUUCUGUGUACAGAGUUCUUCCAUUUAAUGAGUAUUUAGUCCCACUGCUGUUGAGGCAGACGAGGAAGACGGACAUAGGAAAAUGGAUUCUGAAAAGACGGGGACUGUUCUGUUGCAUAAAAAUAGCCUCUUCAUUUUCUCAGGUAAUAUUCUUCCUCUCGAAGCCAAUGGGACAGUUUUCUUCAGAGUAAAUUGAGUUUCUUGCUCUCGAAGCCAAUGGGACAGUUUUCUUCAGACUACACUGAGUUUCCACCUUUUGCAUUUCUAUGCAAUAACUCACUUUGUAACCUGGGAAUAAAAGGCACACUACUCCUAGAUGUUAACUGUGUUCUUGUCUCUUAGCUUUGCAUUUCGUUCCUCUUUGUGGUGUGAGUCACGUGCACGGAGAAUCAUGAGCCCAGACAUGAAUCAUUUGGUUUUCCUUUUCCUUGAACUGUAUCAGGACUUGAGAAUGUGGGAGGCCAUACUAACCUUAGAGGCAAAGGCAGACAGAAUUCUUAAAAUCUUUCAGUUCCUCCACCUCAUCCAUCAGGCUCUCUUUUUUGGGAGGGAUGGCUCUCUUUUAAGAAAGAAUAGUUUGGGGUCAAAAUACUUGUUCUUGGGUAGACUUAGAUCUAGGAGACAUAGACUUAGCCAUUGAGUCCUGUCCCAAGACAGAAGGAAGGCUGCUUUACUCUUUUUUUUUUAAAUCAUCAGUACAUUACUGUUUUAAGGGGCCUAUGCAAAAUGCCUCCUUUCUGACGUGACCAUCUUGAAUUAGCCAGUCUUGCUUGAAUUUCUGGGCCCCACAGUCUCUAGAGAAAGCUGGGACCAGAACAACUGCAUAAUUUGCUUUGCCUUCUGUCAGUAAGUAUCCUCUUUACUGUUCAGAAGGCUACACAAAUAACUGCCUGCCGGUUAUCUAAGCUAUCUCUAUUUUCUUCUUCCUGAACAGAAUACCACAUCUUCCUUAAAGCUUAUAGCCUCUUUAUUACUCAGAGACAUUUUUUUUUUCCUGCUGCAUCAUCAGGGAGACAUAAAUUACACUUACAAUGACACCUGCAAACUCCUUAAGAGAGCACAUUUAAGAAUUUGAUUCAGCAAUUUACCUAAAAGGAUGUUUUCUCUUCACCUAGGGACACAAAACCUGAAUUCCAGAGCCUCCAAAAUGAAAUUAUCCUUCUGGGGGAAGCACAUUGCCACCAAAUACAUCACUCACCACCUGUUCCUGGUGUCUGCAAAGAAGAAGUGUCAUUUCCCUGAGGUUUAGAGAGUCACUGUUUACAGCUAUGCAGAUAUCAUCCUACCACUGCAGGUUUUCUAAUGGAACCAUCUGGAAUCAAAUUUAAGCUGGGGUUUAUCUUUUCAGUUCCUGACCCAAACUCCUUUUUUUUUUUUUUUUUUGGUCUUUCUAGGGCCACACCUGCGGCAUAUGGACGUUCCCAGCCUAGGGGUCUAAUUGGAGCUACAGGUUCCAGCCUACACCACAGCCACAGCAUCGAGGGAUCUGAGCCACAACUGCACCCUACACCACAGCUCACAGCAACACUGGAUCCUUAACCCACUGAGCGAGGCCAGGGAUUGAACCCGCAGCCUCAUGGAUGCUAGUCCAGGUUUGUUAACCACUGAGCCAUGAUGGGAAUGCCUGACCCAAACUCCUUUUGAAAGCAAAAUUUCUCUACAGGCAUUUGUUUUGUAUCUGAGGUGAAGAGGGCUGGGUCAAAGUAAAAACAUAAAGCAAGGUGAAGGACUUUGUGACAGGGAUUCUUUUUUUUUUUUUUUUUUUUUUUUAAAGAAACCAAUAGCACCUCGUAACACAAACACGUGAUAAUUUUAAAAUAUCCAGCCUAGUUCCCUUGGACUGUCAGUAUCUUGACAACACUUGCAUUGUCAUUUGAACUAGAACAUUGAGCCCUUUGUUCCUGAAAGUUUACAGUGAGAUUUUGGGAGAUCUGCAUUGUAUUUCUUUCUUAUAGUUGUCAGUAUGGACAGAUUUCUCUGCGGGCAAUUAAUCUUGAUACACAUGGGUUUUACCCAGGUUACACUUUUGCAUUUCCAGGGUUUAAGGUUCUCUCUCUAGAAAUGAGGCUAAUGCUUUGAUGACUUGGGGACUGAGUUCAGGGAAAGCAUGGGACAGUUUAGGCACUUACUUGGGUCUUAAUCUAGGAAACAGAACUUCCUAAGUAAUCCCCAGGCUUUGUGGCUUCCACCAGGCCCUCACAAUAGUUCCUAUUUUCUUUGAUUGCAUUUGCUUGCUAUUCCUCUGCGGACCUUCUGUGGAAAGGAACUGAUCCAAACAUUUUCAUCUAUCGAAAGUCAGAAUCCACACUUUUGCCCUGGUCUUCUUGCCUGCAUGGAUUCUAUUGUUCUCAAAUCGUGAAACUGUAAGGGAAAGCUAAGAGAACUUUUAGCAAAACCCAAAUUCGAAAUAUAAGAUCUUAUAAUAAAAUUUCCAUUUAGCCUUUAAAGAAGAGCAGCUGGGUUGGAUACAUCUUCCUCUGAAAUCAUAUUCUGUUAUGGCCAGAAAUGAACAAUUAGCAUCAUUUGGUCACUACUGAUGUUUGUGUUGGAACUUGCCAGCUAUUUCGACAGAGCAAGUCAAGCUACUGCCUUAGGGGAUUGUCAUUGGACUUUGGAGUUUAAGGCUGAACAGUAAUGUGAAAUUAUGUUUGGGGGCCAGAAGAAAAGACAAAUGCAAAGGACAGUGCUAAAUAAGGAUGAGCAAGCUGAUAAAAGAAGCAGACAGGUGUAUCCCUUAAUUUAUUUUCAGUAUUCCCGUAAAGAUGAUCUUCUAUGGGAAAGCCCUUUAAAAAGCCAAACUUAAAAUUUUUCUUAAAAAUACUGAACUGUAAGAAGAUUCAGUGAGUAGUAUUGAUUUGGAUAUCAGAACAGUUUCUCUUAUUUCCCUAAUAUUAACUGGCUUUACAGAAACCAUUUUUAUUUUUAUUUAUUUUUUUGUCUUUUUAGGGCUUCACCCGCGGCAUAUGGAGGGUCCCAGGCUAGGGGUCGAAUCGGAGCUAUAGCUGCUGGCCUAUGCCACAGCCACAGUAAUGCCAGAUCCAAGCUGUAUCUGCGACCUAUAUCACAGCUCACGGCAACCCCAGAUCCUUAACCCAUUGAGCAAGACCAGGGAUCAAACCUGCAACCUCAUGGUUCCUAGUUGGAUUCAUUUCCGCUGCGCCACAACGGGAACUCCAGAAACCAUUUUUAAGCUGAUGGCACCCAAGAAAGGGUAAAUAAUUAGACAGGUGAUAAAGCAUUUUGAGAGUAUACAACCCAGCUAUCAGCUGCCUCCUGGGUAAAGAAGAAUGAACACAAAACUGAGCCCUCUAAUGUUUAGUUCUGGUGCUGAACAUUGUCAAGAAAGGUGAACACCAAAGGUUACAGGAUGAGCGUGCUUUUCUUCCACCAUGCAGAGAACUAUGAAUGUCCGCAGACAAACACUACAGGUCUUUACCAGAAGAGCUAGCAUUUACAAUGAAAAAAAAGAAAAACAAAAAAACAAAAAAAAACCAAAAAACCAAAACACUCAAAAGCUAGUGUGAAUUUUUGAAAGCAGUGGAAAUGUGGAAGAAGUGGUGGUCUUACUUUGUUUACUUCUCAUCUCAAGUUGCCUGUGCUAUCCUAAUACUCUGGGGUGUGAGAGUUAAGGGCGCAGAAGUUUUUCCAGACUAUAUUAACUGGUGCUUCUGGGGUGCGGGGGGCGGGAAGGGUCUCUUGUCCUGCAGAGAAAGGGAAGUGAGUGUGAUAAAGCUCAACCUUGCCUGUCGGAAACCCCCGUCAAACUCCAAUCAGAAUAUUUGGUUACCAAUAUUGUUCCCUUCAACUGGAAGUCUCUAUGGCCAUGAAAGUCUUGGGGACUUAAGAUGCAAUGACAAAUUGAGGAUCCUAAACAGCCCAGGAGUCUGGGGAAUGCUGUAUCCAACAGUAUCUGUACGUCCCUGGCUUUUGCUGCACUGAGUAUGCUAGCAGGGCUUGGAGGCAGAAGGGCUGAAAGGGAGGGUCAUUUAUUUUCAUUUUUGAGCACAAAUCAUCUGAAAGAAAACACAAAAAUCAAUCUGUGAUGGCCAUGCAAUACAGAUCUGUAAACUGUUUAUUGUUUUAAUGUGGUUGGGAAGAACCUGAUCUCACCACAAAGGAAGUGAUGUGACUGGGCUCUUGAUGGGCAGUGGAGUUUCUAUAUUUCUACAUUUGCAGAAGCAGGACCUGUCACUUUUGUUCCUUGCCAUGUAGGAAACAAUGAGACUCUCUGGACAGUUUUGGCACAGAGAAGGGUAUGAGCUGAGACUCGAGGUAACAGUUACCAUUGCUGAGUUUUACAGAGGAGAACAGUAAUGGGCCCCUGCGGCAGCCUGUUGGAAGCUAAAAACUAAGACAGUGUAUCUUUCCUGAAGGGGACACAAGAGAAUGCUUAGACAGCUAAUGAAUCCUAUCAGGUGCCUUCUACACAUCAUAGAGUCUGGUGAACCCUGAUAGUGGAUGAACCCUGAUAGUGGAUGUUUGCUCCCAAACCAAAUGUAAUAGGGAGGGGGGAGUUCAUAGCAGCCACUUUAGAACACUAUUUGUAUCGAAAAGUUACCUUUGGCAACAAUUUGUAGAGUUCUGAGCCAAUCUCUGUGUGAAAGCCACCCCAGGUUGAUUAAGAAAAUUCAGACAAUUUAUCUGUCAUAUUAUCCCUGUGUUCGAUUUAUCCUCUAGUGUCAAAUUUACUUUCUGAGUGGAGUGAUUUUUCUAUAUGAAUUGAAAUGAUGAAGUGAUGUUUUAAUUUUAUUGAAGGUAUUUUUAGAGGAAAAAUGUUUUCUUUAGGUAAUUAACUUCCACAAUUGGGACAUAUUGCCUACGAUACAGAAUCAGGACCUUGGGUCACUUAAACGUGAAAGAGGUAUUAGGGAUGCAGUUCAAAUUGUUUAUUUAAAUACAUGAACAUUUUUCUAUAUAUUUUGUGAAAAUAUGGAUGAGACCCUAGAUAUAUAACUACUAUAUGGAAUUGAACUUUACAAGAAUUGUAGUAUGAGAGGUGGGAUUCCCCAGCUUCUUUUGUGCUUUAGUUUUAUUGCUGAAAAUGCUGCUUCCCUUGAUUAAUCUGGUCUUUGAAUGGGAAAAACAAAAACCCCCACUUUUUUUCUUACCUUGUGUGAAUUUUAUGAUAGACCUUUUUAUUUGUAUAUAUGAUUGAUUGUUUUCUUGUGUCACACCCCCAGUUUGUCUUUAAGCCAUGUUUAUUGUAAAGACAGCUGUUAAGCAAAUAGAAACAUGCCUGAUCUUUACAAUUCCUUGAUGCUAGAAUGAAGCAGUUCCACAUGCUAGUUAGGAAGCCCUGAGCUCUCUUCCUGGAACCUGAAAUAAUUCUGAAAGGAUAGGCAGUGCACCCCUGUCCUUCGAAACCCGUCUCCAAUGCUGUGUCUCUGGAGAGUGUGAAACAGGAGAAAGACCUGCAACUUAUGGACUCCCUCAUCUGCCCUGCCGUGGACACCACGCUGCUACCUUCCUCUGGUACCAUUCAUCUCUUCUUCACGGAUUGCCAUGGCUUUUAUGGUCAAGGCAGGCUGAGCUGCAGAGUAUGGAAUUCAUAAGAAGUUCAUAAAGCAAACACCUCUGAAGGAAGUGUUAGAAUGUUUCCAGGCCUUUAAGGUGUAUGUUUAAUCUAUGUUUUGGCCUUGGGAACUUUUCGCUUGUGAGCUGCAGAAGGAAAGCAGAAGGUGGGGGUGUAUCCUCAACUCUGUGUUUUCCCAUAUGGAAACAUACGGGGCAGCUUCCUUAGGGGAAAACAUUCCUCGCCAUUGUAUAAGGGAGAGGGGAAUUAGGAAUAUCAACUGAUAACCUGCAGUCAGAGCUCCAGCACUGUAUUUAAAAAUACCUGCGUUGUGGAGAAUGUGCCUUUGGUUGUCUUUACCUUAUUAGCUUUGGUGGCCACCAUGCAUUUUCACUGUAGCCUAGCCUUCCUGUUAUCCAGGCUGUGUGCAUUGUUGUUGUUUUGUUUUUUCCUUUUGAACUACUGCUUACUGUCAUUGGUGAUGUUAUCUCAAAAUCAUGGCACCAAGGAAAUAGCUUCUGCGCAGGAUUUGAGGUAGAUGCAAAUAUUAGCAUUGAUGUAGGUUUUGUCUUAACAGCGUUACCAGAAAUAUACUGAACUGAGGGAUAAUGUGGCUUUAAAGAAAUCACUGCUGUUUUUCACAUUGGAGAAGCCACCUGUCCUACGUCCUUGUUCUAGAGAAAUUCGCCUUUUCAUGCAAGUACCACUGAUGGGGCAUACUUAAUAGCCUAGACGACUGGUUUCCAGCCGUCAAUAAAAAAGGAAUUAUAAUCAUUGUCAAAGGUGGGGGUAAUCUUGUAUCACAUAGGUCAUUCAGUGGUGAAAUUUCCAAUCAGCAUUAUUCUGUAAGAGGUGCAACUUUAUAACGUGCCCCCCUCUUUUCUGAUCUAAGAGUGUAGUAAAGGAAGGGUCAGGUUCCGACGUGCCAGGAAAGAGUUCUCCGAAUCUGUGUUUUUGACCAAGGAGACGGCUGAGAUGUUGAACUACGUGAUGGCUCCAUGGUUCACAUUGGCGACCGCUCUGGCUCCCCUCUCACCACCUUGAGAGCAAAAUGAAAUCAGGAGAUUAAGUCAAGCUUGGGACUCCUCUGUGGAUGAGGAGCUGACACUUUGAUUUCCUAUCUCAGGAUAUUCUUCGGUUUCAUACUGCUGCUGAGGAGGAAGGAAUGAGCUAUAGACACUGUACCUGGUCUCUGGAUGUCUGUGCUGUGUGUGUGUAAGACUUCACACGAGGGUGUUGUGUUCCAUGUCGUAUCACCCUAUGAAUAGACUCAAACAACAAUUUGAAGAUGCCGAAGCCAGCGAUGAUGGAAAAAGACACCCAAACACCUCUUUCUGUCCGAGUGCUUGCUGUGACGUUCAUGGCAAAGCACCUUAAGUCUUCAGGAGCCAGAUGUCCUCAAAAGAAAUGGUGUGUUGAUCUCAUAAGAAAAUGUACAACCAAUAAAAGACAUUUCAAAAAGU